CGCGCCCCCGGCCCCGGGCCCAUCCGCCGCCGCCAUGGCCCGGCCGCUGGUGCCCAGCUCGCAGAAGGCGCUGCUGCUGGAGCUCAAGGGGCUGCAGGAGGAGCCGGUGGAGGGCUUCCGGGUGACCCUUGUGGACGAGGGCGACCUGUACAACUGGGAGGUGGCCAUCUUCGGGCCCCCCAACACCUACUACGAGGGCGGCUACUUCAAGGCGCGCCUCAAGUUCCCCAUCGACUACCCCUACUCCCCGCCGGCCUUUCGGUUCCUGACCAAGAUGUGGCACCCCAACAUCUACGAGACUGGGGACGUGUGCAUCUCCAUCCUCCACCCGCCAGUUGAUGACCCCCAAAGCGGAGAGCUGCCCUCAGAGCGGUGGAACCCCACACAGAACGUCAGGACCAUCCUCCUGAGCGUCAUCUCCCUCCUCAAUGAACCCAACACCUUCUCUCCGGCCAACGUGGAUGCCUCUGUGAUGUACAGGAAGUGGAAGGAAAGCAAAGGCAAGGACCGGGAGUACACGGACAUCAUCCGGAAGCAGGUCCUGGGGACCAGGGUGGACGCGGAGCGGGACGGUGUGAAGGUGCCCACCACGUUGGCCGAGUACUGCGUGCAGACCAAGGCCCCAGCGCUGGACGAGGGCCCGGAGCUGCUGUACGACGACUACUACGAGGACGGCGAGGCCGAGGCCGGCAGCUGCUUUGGGGAUGACGGGGACGCCGGGGAUGCCUCGGGCCCCGAGGAGUCCUGACACCGCGCCCCGCCAAUAAACGUACACGUUUCACCUCAGCUGCCCGCCUGUGUGGCUCUGGGUGCCUCCAGGGUGCGCGGGCUCCCCCGGCCUGCCCACCGUCCACCCUGGUCCGCUCGGCUCCGGAGGGAGGGCCCCCAUGUGCUGGGCGCCGCUCGGGUCCUGGGAGCGGUGGAGCCCAUCCUGCCCACGGCUCCCGCUGCUGGAGCCAGAGACCUGGGGUCUCGGCUCGUGAGUGGAUGGGUUAACUUGGGGUCAAUUCUCUCCUUUGGUUUGUUUGGAAUCUAAAUAAAGUGACUUUAUGAGACGUCUAA